AUGUCUUUUCUAGGGGCGUUCCGCCCGAGCAGCACCGCAUUUGGCGGUCUUUUGUGGAAGAACCCGUGGCGCCUUUCUGGUACGCGCAAGUCGCGCGUCCGCCAGCGCUUGCGUGACGUGGACACGGUCAUCGAAACGGUGCGGGCCAGCGGCGUGGAGUGCCACGCUCUGACCACGAACCUCGCCCUGCCGAAGGAGAAUGAGAUGCACCCUCGCGACAAGUACACCGUCUUCUCGCCCAAGGGUGUCGACUUCCGCAAGAGCGUGCACAAGGUCCCGAAAUGGACGCGCAAGUCGCUGCGCGUGAACCCCCGUGGUUUCUAA